AAAAAAAAAAAAAAGAAGAAAAAAUCUCUCUUGUCAAUCUCUGCAAUCAACGACGAUGAAUCCGGGCAAGGUGAUGAGUCGUUUUGCUGGCUUUGUCUUCGUAACAGACUGUCUCCUUCUGUUACGCGGAAACGUAUUCAAAACGCAAAAAAAUAGAAACGUUUUCGAAAAACAACAGCUCAUUUUCUAGCUUUUUUGCAAAUCUCCAAACCAAUAAAUCCCCAUUUUUAGUAAAACCGUACCAGACGAACCCUAACAUCGAUUUGUUUUCGUUUUUUAUAUUUUUAUUUUUUAAAUUCCAGGAAUGUUGAAGGGCGUUCCAGCGGUGGAACUGUUAUUAGCUAUGAUGAAAGCGAUCGGUAAUAAUCGUUUCUAUGUUCGAUUUUUGUUUUCUCAUUCAUUUCUGAUUCUGUAAAAAGCACCUAUAUAUAGAAGAGAAAGAGAGGAAGAGGAAGAGAGUUUGCGAUUCGGUGCGGUCGAUUUUAUUUUAUUUUAUUUUUUUUGUUGUACUGGUACGGAGGUGGUGGUGGUCGGCACAGUAUAAGCUUCAGAUUUCUGUGCCAUCUCUCCCUGCGACGACUUUGAUUUGAUUUUUUCGAAGCUAUAAUAAUGGCUUCGAAUGGUCCUUCCAACGGCGGCAAGUUGCCGUUCUCCAAGAUUGAUGUUGAUGAACAGCAUGAUUUGAUGGAGGCUGGGAAGCAAGUGUUUGACGACGGCGUAGAUGCUGAGGUCGACGUCGAUGCCUCGUCGGAGGACCCUUUCGACAUUACCAAUACAAAGAAUGCACCUCCGGAAACUCUCAGACGUUGGAGGCAAGCAGCACUGGUACUAAAUGCCUCUCGCCGAUUUCGGUACACUUUGGACUUGAAGAAGGAAGAAGAACAAGAGAAAAGAAGGAGGCUGAUCAGAUCUCAUGCACAAGUCAUAAGAGCAGCAUUGCUUUUCAGACUGGCUGGAGAAGGGGAAAUUGGUGUGACCGUAACUUCCCCAACUCCGAGCGGUGAUUAUGCAAUUAGCGUAGAAAAUCUUUCUUCAUUAACAAGGGACCACAACAUUUCUGCUUUACAACAGUGUAACGGGGUUAAAGGCUUAGCAGCUAUGCUUAAAACAAACAUAGAGAAGGGAAUCGACGGGGAUGAUACCGAUUUGUUUAAACGAAGGAACACGUUUGGGUCAAAUACAUAUCCUAGGAAAAAAGGGCGGAGUUUUUGGACAUUCCUUUGGGAAGCUUGGCAAGAUUUAACUCUCAUAAUCUUGAUCAUAGCUGCAGUUGUUUCAUUGGCACUUGGAAUAAAGACAGAGGGUUUGCAAGAAGGAUGGUAUGAUGGGGGAAGCAUUGCCUUUGCUGUUAUUCUUGUUAUAGUUGUCACAGCUGUUAGUGAUUAUCGGCAAUCUCUUCAGUUUCAAAAUUUAAACAAAGAAAAGCAAAAUAUACAGUUGGAGGUCAUGAGAGGUGGAAGAAUGGUUAAAAUUUCUAUAUUUGAUAUUGUUGUUGGUGAUGUUGUACCGCUUAGAAUAGGGGAUCAGGUCCCUGCUGAUGGAAUCUUAAUUAGUGGCCAUUCUCUUGCCAUCGAUGAAUCUAGCAUGACUGGUGAAAGCAAGAUUGUGCACAAGGACCAAAAAGCACCUUUUUUGAUGUCUGGUUGCAAAGUAGCAGAUGGUGUUGGUACCAUGCUGGUGACUGGUGUUGGAUUAAAUACUGAAUGGGGCUUGUUAAUGGCAAGUAUUUCGGAGGAUACUGGUGAAGAAACUCCUUUACAGGUACGCUUGAAUGGAGUUGCAACUUUUAUAGGCAUUGUUGGGCUUACCGUAGCUGUUUUUGUGCUUGCUGUCCUCCUAGGCAGAUACUUUUCUGGAAAUACAAGAAGUUCGGAAGGAAAGGUCGAAUUUCAUAGAGGCCAGACUAGUAUUAGUGAUGCUGUAGAUGGAGUAAUUAAAAUCUUCACCAUUGCAGUCACCAUUGUGGUUGUUGCAGUGCCAGAAGGACUACCAUUGGCUGUUACCUUGACUCUAGCAUACUCAAUGCGGAAGAUGAUGGCAGAUAAAGCACUGGUGCGAAGGCUGUCUGCCUGUGAAACUAUGGGUUCUGCAACAACAAUUUGCAGUGAUAAGACUGGAACACUGACUUUGAAUCAAAUGACUGUGGUUGAGGCAUAUGUUGGGACAAAGAAGAUAAAUCCACCAGGAGAUUACUCGCAGCUUCAUCCCAUGGUUUCUUCUCUGCUAUGUGAGGGUGUUGCUCAAAACACCACAGGCAAUGUUUUUGUACCUGAAGGUGGUGGAGAUGUUGAGGUUACAGGAUCUCCCACAGAAAAGGCUAUCCUUUCCUGGACUGUGAAGUUGGGGAUGAAGUUUGAUGUUAUCAAAUCAGAAACAACAGUUCUUCAUGUUUUCCCAUUCAACUCGGAGAAAAAGCGAGGCGGUGUUGCAGUAAAACAACGUGACUCCAAAGUUCACAUCCACUGGAAGGGUGCAGCAGAGAUAGUUUUAGCCUCAUGUACAGGAUAUCUCGAUUCAAAUGCCAGCCUCCACUCAAUCAAUGAAGAUAAGCAGGAAUAUUUCAAGGCAGCGAUUGAUAGCAUGGCAGCGAACAGCUUGCGUUGUGUUGCCAUUGCAUAUAGAUCGUAUGAAUUGGGAAAAAUUCCUAAAGACGAAGAACAUUUAUCCCAAUGGGCUUUACCUGAAGAUGAACUUGUUUUACUUGGUAUUGUUGGGAUAAAAGAUCCUUGCCGCCCUGGUGUCAGAGAUGCAGUUCACAUCUGCACAUCAGCUGGUGUUAAGGUACGCAUGGUCACUGGAGACAAUAUCCAAACAGCUAAAGCAAUUGCUUUGGAGUGUGGAAUACUCGAUGCGGCUGAAGAUGCUACUGAGCCUAAUAUCAUUGAAGGAAAAGUAUUCCGUGCAUUAUCUGAUAAAGAGAGGGAAAAAGUUGCUAAGCAAAUAACGGUUAUGGGAAGGUCUUCACCAAAUGACAAGCUUUUGCUUGUACAAGCAUUACGUAAAGGGGGAGAAGUUGUUGCAGUAACAGGAGAUGGAACUAAUGAUGCUCCUGCUCUUCAUGAGGCAGAUAUUGGUCUUUCCAUGGGCAUCCAAGGAACUGAAGUUGCGAAAGAAAGUUCAGAUAUCAUUAUCUUGGAUGAUAACUUUGCUUCUGUUGUAAAGGUUGUUCGAUGGGGUCGUUCUGUGUAUGCAAACAUUCAGAAAUUUAUUCAAUUCCAGCUAACCGUUAAUGUUGCAGCUCUUGUAAUUAAUGUUGUGGCUGCAGUUUCCUCUGGUGACGUUCCUUUGAAUGCUGUUCAGCUUCUGUGGGUAAACUUAAUCAUGGAUACUCUUGGGGCACUUGCAUUGGCUACCGAACCACCAACAGACCACCUUAUGCAUAGAUCACCAGUUGGAAGAAGGGAACCUCUUAUAACAAACAUCAUGUGGAGGAAUUUAAUCAUACAGGCUUUGUAUCAAGUUUCUGUUCUUUUGGUUCUUAACUUCCAAGGCAAUAGUAUACUUGGGCUGAACAAUGACACCAGGGAGCGUGCCAUGGAUUUGAAGAAUACUGUGAUAUUCAAUGCGUUUGUCCUCUGCCAAAUAUUCAAUGAGUUCAAUGCUCGAAAGCCUGAUCAAAUCAAUGUCUUCAGAGGAGUGACGAAAAACCACCUCUUUAUGGGAAUAAUUGGAGUAACCUUUGUUCUUCAGAUAAUAAUCAUCGAAUUCCUUGGAAAGUUUACCUCAACAGUUAGACUCAAUUGGAAGUACUGGCUUGCAUGUCUUGGUAUUGCCAUUGUCAGCUGGCCUCUUGCUGCUAUAGGAAAACUCAUACCAGUUCCAGAGACUCCACUAUCCGAAUAUUUUCGUAAGCCAAUUCAAAGAUGCAGAAGUAGUCCUUGUGCAUAAUGUCCAUCUCUCUGGUUGCAGUCUGCAAAUCUUGAAUUCGAUAAAACACUGGUUGAAUAAGAUCUUUUCUCAAUUUUAUAGAAGUGUAAUACUCUAGUAAUCCCUCAUAGCUUUUACAAAUUGACUUUAUCAUAGAGUUUAUAUUCAAUUAGCUAAUGUCUGCUAUGUGCCAUAUAAAUAGCUUACAAUGUAAAUGAACUGGUAUUCCAAGUGUAGUUUGGGUUUCUGUUUCGAAAA